GAAAGUGGAAGUAGAAGAGAAAACACAUUAUCAAUAAACAAAUAGAGAAGGGAGAGAUUCACCAUAAGUAACUCAUCCCUGCGGCUGUGAGCUGUGGAUCCCACAUUAUUCAGGACAAUGAGCUCGAAGAUGAGUUCUUCCAUUAAUAUUAGAGAUGAAGAUCAUGAAAAGUUGAGCAAAGGGUUGCUAAUUAACAUCAGAGAAAACUUCGAACCCGAGCCAUCUCCUGAGUGUUGUAUUUAUCGAGUUCCUAAACGCCUUCGCAUGGUAAAUGAAAAAGCUUACACUCCUCAAUUAAUCUCAAUAGGCCCUCUUCAUCAUGGUAAAGAGGAAUUAGUUGAUAUGGAAAAGAGAAAAACAAUAUAUUUACAAAGUUUUUUUCAACGAAUAUCUGUCAGAAAACAAGUAGAAAUUUUAACCUUUAUAAAGAAUAAUGAACGCCGUAUUCGUAAUUGUUAUGCCGUGUCUUCUAAGCUUGAGAGUCUUGAUUUUGUAACAAUGAUUUCAUAUGAUGCUUUAUUCAUCCUGGAGCUCUUCAUUAGAAAACAUAAGGGUGAGCGUGAUUUUUAUUUAGAUAGACCAAAAAUGUACUCUGACAUACAUUUAGACAUACAAUUACUCGAAAAUCAACUUCCAUACUUUGUUUUAGAUGAAAUAUAUAAAUUAGCUCUUGACAACCUGGAUCUUGAAUCUACUCCCUUUAAGCAUCUUUGUUCUAAGUUCUUUGAUGAAGACACGAUCAAGAGCAUACCUGACAAGAUGAUGAAAGUUCUACAUUUCACGGAUUUGGGUAGAACUGCACUUUUGAAAAGCUGCCCAUUAGAGAAAAAGUCCAAGGGAGUUAUUGAAAAUAUACCAAAUGCAGUGAAGCUGUAUGAAUCGGGAGUCAAGUUUAAGUGUGUUAACAGAGAUUGCUUACUUGACAUAAGAUUUGAAGAGCGAAAGCAGCGAAUCUCAUACUUUAAAGUAAAGGAGCUGCAAAUUCCACAAGUUUUUGUGCAUGACGGGACAGAAUCUCUGCUCAGAAAUAUAAUGGCUUUGGAACAAGUUCACUAUCCAAAAGACGGUUGGAUUUGCAAUUAUGUUGAUUUACUGGAUCGUCUUAUUAAAACUGAAAAAGAUGUGGAUUUGCUUGUUGGAAAGGGGAUUAUUUUGAACUGGUUGGGCGAUAAUGCUUCUGUGGCGAGUAUGUUUAACAAACUUUGCGAGGAAAUUUAUCCAGAAGAAUCGUGUUACUACACCAUUUGCAGGGAAUUGAAAGCACACUACAGCAAUCCUUGGAACCAUGGCAAGGCAAAGUUGAAAAGUGUGUAUUUCAGCAAUCCUUGGAGAGGCACAGCGACUAUUGCGGCAGUUGUACUUUUACUGCUCAUUGUAAUACAAACUGUUUGCUCUGUUUUGUGAGCCGAGUGAUAUUUGAAUUAAAUUGUUAUGUUGAACUCAAAUUACACUAAUUUUAUACAUGGAGUGA